GGGUAACAACAACAACAACUACAACAACAACGAGUGAAACUGCAAUUUGUGCUGACGUAAGUCCAGUUUGUCAGAGUGACAACGCUACAUGAGCCUCCGAACACAGACUGACAGAACUCCACACACUCAUGACACAAUCUGAAGCAGCAUUCACACUCUUCUGCUGGGAUUGGACUCUUCUGGAAACUGGACGUCAGAGAAAUGCUGUUCAUCUUUGGACUGCUGCUGCUGCUGAUACCAACUCAUACAUGUGUGGAGAUGUUCUGCAGGUUUAAUCAGACAGAUCCCUGUUACACAUCUCUGGGACACAAACUCAAUCUGCAGAUGGUGAUGAACACUCGUAAUGUUGAGCUGAAGUUUAAAAAGGGGACGGACAGUACGGGAGAUCCAGUUUUCACAGUAAAGAAUAACCAGUUGAUGGAGAAUAUUAAAUAUGAAUCCAUUAGAAACAGAUCUGUGUUUAUCUUUAAUAAAGGGACUCUGAUUAUAAACAGUGUGAUCAGAUCAGAUUCAGGGACAUACAGAUUAGAGAUUUAUGAUUUAAUCGGCACACAAACACAUGCAGUAAAUCUUACAGUGAUUGUUGAAGUUUCACCAGGUGAAAUAAGUCUGAUUGUGUUGGGUUCUGUUGCUGUGAUCCUGAUUCUUCUGGUCAUCAUAGCAUAUCACUUUUACAAGAAAAAGAAACAGCUCAAGCCGACAGCAGAGUCGACCCCAGCUGCAGAUGUGGAGAAUCCUGCGGUCUGUUCUCACUCGACAACGAAGAAGGAGGAGGAGGAAGAGGUUCAGUAUGGCGAGAUGAUGUUCACGCCGACCGUCUCAAACAAUCCAAUUAAAGAGAAGGAAGAGUGUGUGUACUCUCAAGUACUGGCACACUAGAAAGACAAGAUCACGCUUGUGUCUGCAGGGAACACAACAGCCCAGAAUAUUCAGCAACAACACGUCCAGUUGCUAAUGAUUAACAUUUAACGAUGGCCUGGAUGAAUGCAAACCUUCAUAAAGUGAACCUGUAGGUUAUCAGACUCAGACUACUGUACUGCUGUUGCAUGCUAUCAUCCGUCUCUUGUUCUGUACAUUGCACGUGAAUCCAGUUUUUAAACUCUGUAUGUCAUUGUCACAUUGCAUGUUUCUAACGUCAACGUGAAAUACCGUUCACAACCCAUUCAACUUCCAUAAUGUGUGAAACAGGAUAUAAAACGACUGUUGGUUAACAUUAUCCAAGGGACGUCAGUGGUCAAGGAAACUUUUGAAAGAUUACAAAGACAUCAUAUUUUUUUUAAAAGUAUUACAUGCAUUGAGGAAUAAUUCACAAAAGACGCUGAAAUUAAAAAGAGUCCGUUUUGUUUUCUUGUUGACUUUAAGUACUCCAGUUCCAACGGCCUGGUCAAGGGACGGAUUACCGACUGGGCCAAUGGGGCCAGUGCCCAGGGGCCCUUGAAUACUUAGGGGUGCCCUGGGCUUUAAGGCUGCGUGAUCUAGUCCCCCCCACCCCCCUGCUCAACAAAUUUUGACCAUGAACAAUAAACCCCACCCCAGCCCCCGCUCAACAACUCCUUUUGGAUGGAGGGGGGGGCCCUUGGAGAUGACUGGCCCGAGGGCAUUUGCAAGUCAGAAUCCGUCCUUGCCUGGUCGAUUUUGCAUGCUUCACUUUAGCUGUGAUGCUCUAGUACAAAUAUACUGUACAAGGUAUUGGAUUUUGAAGUUUAAUUGCAUUUUUGUGCAUUGUUUAAUGAUCACUGUACUUUGUAUGCCAUUGUAUACUGUGUGUGUGUGUGUGUGUGUGUGUGUGUGAGAGAGAUAUGAAUUAUAUAUA